AUGAGAGAUUAUAAACUGGUCGUGCUGGGUGCAGGUGGUGUUGGUAAGUCAUGUCUUACUGUUCAGUUCGUUCAAGGUGUCUAUUUGGACACGUAUGACCCAACUAUCGAGGAUUCAUAUAGGAAGACAAUUGAAAUAGAUAACAAAUUGUUCGAUCUGGAGAUUUUGGAUACUGCUGGUGUGGCUCAAUUCACCGCAAUGAGGGAGUUGUAUAUUAAAUCGGGCAUGGGGUUCUUGUUAGUCUAUUCCGUCACUGACAAAAACUCGUUGAAUGAGCUGUUGGAGUUGAGAGAACAAGUGUUGAAAAUUAAGGACUCGAAUAAAGUGCCAAUGGUGUUGGUUGGUAAUAAAGCAGAUUUGAAAUAUGAUAGAGUCAUUAGCGUGGAGGACGGUAUUGAGGUCAGCAGCAGAUGGGGGAGGGUGCCUUUCUAUGAAACAAGCGCCUUGUUGAGGAGUAAUGUCGAUGAAGUGUUUGUGGAUUUGGUGAGACAGAUCAUAAGGGAUGAAUUGGAAAAUGUAAAUAAUAAUACAAAUAACCAAAAUAAUGGCAUUAAUGGCGGUGCAAGAAGAAACCCGAGUUUAGGUAAUAUGAAAAUGGGAAGAACUAUGAGUUCGGCAUCAAGAAACUCGAUCUCGAAUUUAAAUCAUUCACCUUCGCGAAUGGCUUCACGUUCCAAUAUGGAUGCAAGGCCGAUUACGAGCACUAACACGAGUAGUGCCGAUGCAAGCAAUAGUAAGAGGCCAUCAUCAAAUAAUAAAAACAGUAAUGCAAUGCCUUCACCAGACAAUACCGAUUCUAGUGGUAUUGAUAAAACACAAAAUGUAAAGCAAGCGUCUACUUCUGCAGAGAUUAAGAGUAAGAAAAAUAGUGACAUUAAUAAUAAUACAAAUAAAAAUAUAUCAAGUGCAUCAGAGAAUAGAAAAAAUAAAAAGAAGAAGAAAUCAUUGUGUACUAUAUUAUAA